AUGACCGCGUCCAGUGGCGCAGCGGCAGCAGUUGCGGCGUCGGACAUCACGCUGGUGGACUACUUCGUGGUUGUCGGAUACGACAGCGCUGCACUGCUCCAGCUAUGUAUGCCCAAGGGGUUAAGGUUUUAUACACAAAAUGAUGUUCCACUGCCGGCGGUGCAUACAUUUGCCAAUAUUCGUGAAGAUGGCUCACGUGUCAACGGCUGUGCCCUCAUCUACUACGAGUAUAUUAGAUUCUGUACAUUCGUAUCUUAUAUAACAUACUGGAAAAUCAACUUCAUUGUUGUAAUUUAUGGAAGCAGGCGUAGGCCAAAAAACAAUUUUUCAUGA